AUGACACAUAGAUACUGUUUUGAAGCGCUUGAUAGAAGCCUAAGGGAUAUUAUGAGAUCUUCCGAUAGGUCUGGAAAACCUUUUGGAGGUUUGGUGGUUGUUUUAGGAGGCGACUUUCGACAGAUACUUCCAGUGAUCCCUAAGGGAAGUCGGCAUGACAUCGUGCAUGCCUCUAUAAGUUCAUCUCAACUUUGGAAUUCGUGUCAAGUUCUCAAGUUAACUAAGAACAUGAGAUUACAGGCAAAUGCUUCUGGUUCGGAUGCAGAAGAAACCAAAGAAUUUGCAGAGUGGAUGCUUAAAAUAGGUGACGGUACAGCCGGAUAUAGUCUUGGUGAUGGAGAAUCUGUUGUGGCAUUAUCAGAAGAUAUCCUUAUACGCGAUGCAACAAAUCCUAUUGCAGCUAUAGUGGAUAAUACAUAUAAUGACGUCAUGAAUAAUGCUAUCUUGGCCCCCACCAAUGAGAUGGUUGAUACGAUCAAUAAUUACGUCAUGUCUCUGAUGUCUAGCAAGGAAAGGGUUUACCUAAGUUCAGACAAUAUUUGCAAAGAAGAUGGACAAGUGGACCUUGAUGAACAAGAAACCAAAUUGGAGUGUUGGAACGACGCAACUCACCUUAAUUGGUGGGGAAGAGGAAUUUCUGAGCUAAUGGGAAGAGAUGCGGAAGGCCGAUCCGGGGGCAUUAUUUGCGCCUGGAACAAAGAGGUUUUUACAGCUUCUAGUAAAUGGGAUAUUCCGGGAGCAGUGAUUAUCAAUGGCAAGUGGAUUUCAAGCAACUCCAACUACUGUUUCAUUAACAUUUAUGCGCCGUUGGUCCUCUCGGAGAAAAUUGUGCUGUGGGAUGCUCUCAGGACUAUUGCAAGGCAGAAUAGAAACUCGUGCCUCUGUAUGCUGGGUGACUUUAAUGCGAUUCGUAAGCCGGGAGAAAGAGUUAGGAGGGGUGAGAGUCAUAGUAACGUGGAUAUGAGAUUGUUUGAUGCUUUUAUUAGAGACAGUGAGUUGACUGAGAUCAUGACUCAGGGAAGGAAAUUUACCUGGUACCAAGCUAACGGGGGCUGCAAAAGCAGGCUCGACAGAAUGUUUGUUAACGACUGUUGGCUUAGAGAAUGGUCGAAUUCGUUUGGGCAAAUUCUUAAGAGAUCUAUCUCUGACCAUUGCCCGAUUGUUCUUUCUACUAAGAUGGCGGACUGGGACUCGAAGCCAUUCCGUUUUGUGAAUGCCUGGGUGUCACACCCGGACUUUUACCAAGUGGUUCAGAAGGUUUGGAAGGAGACGAAGGUCCCUGGUUGGGCUUGCUUUGUUUUCAAGGAAAAACUCAAAGCGGUGAAGUUAGCUUUGAAGGAUUGGAAUAAAAAUUCAUUUGGGAAUAUUGAGAACAAUAUCAAAACACUAAAAGAGGAACUUCAAAAGCUGGACAUCCUUGACGACGCUUUCGGUCUUGAAGAGCAGGAAAUCUCCAAGAGGAAUGAGAUCAGAGCCAAUAUUAUGCUUCAGUCAAAGAACAAGCAUAGUCUCCUACAACAAAAAGCGAAAGUUAGAUGGAUCAAAGAAGGGGACUUGAACUCGAAAUUUUAUCAUAAAGCCAUCGUUGGGAGGAGGAAGAAGAAUGAGAUCGCCGAUUUGAUGAUUGGUGAUCAGUGGUCUGAAGACCCUUCAGAAGUCAAGGCUGAAGUGUUGCAUUUCUUUGGGAAGUUCUUCAGAAAGAGGAAGAGGGUGCUACCGGUCAUUCCUCCAAACUUUGUAGCACGUCGGCUGUCUCCCGAAGAUAAAACGUGGAUCUCAAGACCUUUCUCGGAGGAAGAAAUCAAAGAAGCGAUAUGGAGCUGCGAUGGAAAUAAGAGCCCGGGUCCGGAUGGGUUCAACCUGAACUUUUGGAAAGUGUAUUGGGAGACGAUUAAAGAUGAUUUUCUCCAGGUCAUGAAGGAGUUUCAUGUGAACGGCAGAAUUCCCAAGGGGUGUAAUUCCUCAUUUAUCGUUCUUAUUCCAAAAAAGGAGGGAUGCAGUUCGCUGGGGGAUUUUCGGCCAAUUUCUUUGGUUGGCAGUUUGUAUAAAGUUAUAGCAAAGGUUUUGGCUGGCAGACUUAGUGCUGUGAUUGACUCAAUUAUCUCAGAAAAUCAGAGUGCGUUUUUUGGAGGGAGAUUUAUUCUUGAUGGAGUGGUUAUUUUAAACGAGGUCAUUGCUGAAGCAAAGAAAAGAGGGGUGGGAAGAUUAUUUUUUAAGAUUGACUUCGCUAAAGCUUAUGAUUCGGUUGAAUGGGACUACAUGGACCUGAUGUUAGAAAGAAUGAACUUUGAUCAAACUUGGAGGAAAUGGAUCAGGGGAUGUCUCUUGUCAGCAACAACAAAUGUGCUGUAUGCAGACGAUACAAUAUUCAUUUUGUCGGAUCAUGAAAGCAAUGCAGGAGCGGUAAAGUGCAUCUUGGAACUGUUUCAUCUGAUCUCGGGGCUUAGGGUUAAUUAUGAUAAAUGUUGUUUGAUGGGAAUUGGGAUUGAGGAUGAAAAACUGGAGCAGGCUGCGGCGGUUUUUCAAUGUGCAAUCGGUUCUUUACCUUUCAAGUAUCUUGGGGUCAAUGUUGGAGGUAAGCUUAAGAGUGUGAUCGACUGGAAUUACUUGGUUGAUAAAGUCAAGAAGAAAAUUGCCGGAUGGAACAACUUGAAUCUUUCGAUGGCUGGUAGAGUUACCUUGGUUAAGGCAGUCUUGCAAGCAAUACCAACCUAUCAGCUCUCCUUUGCUAUCAUUCCAAAGACAACGAAAUCUGAAGGGGGCCUUGGUUUUAAAAAUAUUGAAUGGUUUAAUCAUGUGUUGGUGGUUAAGUGGCUCUGGAGAUUUCUUGAAGGGGGUGGGAGAGGGAGGGGACCGAUUUGGACAAAAGUUAUUAGAUCAAUCUAUGGGGACUUAGUCUGGGGUGAGGCGGGGUUGAGGCUUUCGAGUUCUUCGAGAUUUAGGGGUGGCUGGUGGUCUAGAAUUGUCGAAAUGAGGGGGAAGAAUAUGGAUAAUUGGUUCUUGGGGAAUUGUAUGAGGAUCAUUGGAGAUGGCCAAGAGACUAAAUUCUGGUCUCAUAUUUGGGUUGGGAGAAAACCACUCAAGGAUGCAUUCCCAAGACUCUUUCAUCUUAGUGUGGACAAGGAAGUUAGUAUUAGAGAGUCGGGGAAUUGGGUUCAUGGAAGUUGGGAAUGGGACCUAAAAUGGAGAAGGGAGCUUCGGGAGAGAGAGGGGGAGGCUGUUACUGAUCUCCUUUCCAUGUUAGCUGUUUGCGCUCCAAGUGCAGGUAACAAAGAUAGAUGGAGUUGGAGUGCAGCGGCUUCGGGCGAGUUCACUACAAAAUCUGCCUAUGAUACUCUUAAGGCGAGUAAAAAUGCAACUCUUGCGCCACCAUCAAAUCUAAAGCAGUUAGCAAUGGUUUGGAACAGCAAAGCGCCCCACAAGGCAAUUAUGACGACAUGGAGGGUGAUUAGGAACAGAAUACCGACCUGUGACAACUUGAGAAAGAGGAAAGUUGACAUCGGAGAAGAGGAUUCCAAAUGCAAUGCAUGCAAGCUCCAUACAGAAUCGGUAAACCACUUUUUCCUGCAAUGUCCGAAGGCAGACGAGGUUUGGAAUGAGAUACAACUGUGGAUGGGAAUCAGCACAGUUAGAACUAAUUCGAUUGGUGAAUUCUUAUGCUCGUUUGUGGGUCUUGGUUCCGGGAAGAGGUUGGAUAAGUUGAUGAAGUCCCUGUGGGUUUGCUCCAUCUGGACAAUGUGGAAAAGAAGGAAUGAAAGUAGAUUCGAAGGAAAAGUUUGGGAUUCUCGGAGUACCAUUUCAGAGAUUAAGGUACGUUUGUGGUGCUGGAACAAGAUUUACGAGAUUGUAAACAAGGAGUUGAAUCUUUCCUCCUGGUGUGAAAAUAACUUGCUCACUGCUCUCGUGUAA